UUGGUUCGGCGCCUGUGGAGGGAGUCAUUCCUGCAGCAGUGCUUCCGGUCGGCAUUUUGUUCUGCGAGAGACUCUUGUGUGGAUUCUUUUAUGAUCGCCCAGCAGCUUUUCGGUACCGAAACCUUUUCACCGUCGUCCUGACUCAAGCGCGAUCUUCCGCGAGCGCUGGUGAGAGGAAAGCAUACCGCUCGUCAGUCUUCAUGUUUGCAGGGAGAGGAAGCGGUGCGACCCGGAUUAUUGUUGUGAGAGGGACACAGCGAGCCCGAACCCCUCCACCUUCACCUUUCAACAGCAGAGCCUCAGCAAAAGAUGUAAAGGUGGAUAAGUGAGCAGCGACCUGUGCAUCCACGCAAGCUCCCUGCCCUUCUUCAGCAUGAAUGGGGAUAUGCCUCAUGUUCCUAUCACCACUCUCGCUGGGAUCGCAAGCCUCACCGACCUGUUAAAUCAGCUCCCGCUCCCUUCCCCUCUCCCUGCCACCACCACUAAGAGCCUGCUGUAUAAUGGGAGGAUAGCAGAGGAGGUCAGUUGUCUGCUGUCUCGACGUGACGAUGCUCUCGUCUCUCAGCUGGCACACAGCCUCAAUCAGGUGUCCACUGAACACAUAGAGUUGAAAGACAACCUGGGCAGCGAUGACCCGGAAGGAGAUGUGCCUCUACUGCUACAGACGGUGCUGUCCAGGAACCCCAAUGUCUUCAGGGAGAAAAGUACGCCCACCCGAUAUGGGGUUCAGGGCGGUUUAAUGCAACAGCCAAUUAUAUCAUCCUACAAGAUGCCUCAAAAUUCAAUGCACGGAAGCCCGGUGUCGAACUAUCAGCAAACCCCUAUAACUCCGAGCCCUCCCAGCAGAUACGUUCAACCUCAAACGGGUUCUGGUACCAGGUACAUGCCUCAGCAAAACAGUCCAGUGCCCAGCCCGUACGCCCCACAGAGCCCAGGAGGCUACAUGCAGUAUAGCCACCCACCCAGCUACUCUCAACACCAGAUCCAGCAAGUGUCUGUGUCCAGUCCAGUGGUUCCUGGAGGUAUGAGAAACAUUCAUGAUAACAAAGUCUCUGGGCAAGUGUCCGGUAACUCCAACCAUAACUCGAGGCACUGCUCCAAUGAUGAGUACAUCAGCAUCGUCCAGAGACUUGGAAAUGAUGAGAGUGAUCCUGCUUUGAGAAAUGCUUCAUUUCCUGUUCGCUCAGUCUGCUCUCCUGCUGGAAGUGAAGGAACUCCGAAAGUCGGAUCUCGGCCACCCCUAAUUCUUCAGUCUCCUCCGCCCUACACCUCCCCAAGAGAUGCUGCUCCUGACCUCCUCUUGGACUCCCCCGAGCGGAAAAAGAAGCAAAAAAAACUAUUGAAAGAGGAGGGAAGCAAAGGUGCCAUGUAUGACAUUGUCAGCUCCCCCUCUAAAGACUCAACCAAGCUAACGAUUAAGUUGUCUCGUGUGAAGCACGCAGAGACAGAGCAGUCUGCAGAGCCGUUGCCGGCGGUGGAACGUGGCUCAGAAGCUGAAAAUGAACUGUCUUGUGGUACUUCACCGUACCACCGGAACCCCCAGGAGCGUCUGGCUGCGGCCCAGUGUCUCCCGGGGGAGCAGUCUGUUAACCAGCAGGUCCCUGUACUACAAAACACUGGGGCACUUGCAGCAAAGCAACCUGGGGUAGUUAGUGGGACCCCCUACGAUGAUGCAGAGUUGGAUGCUCUGGCUGAGAUAGAAAGGAUUGAGAGGGAAUCUGCUAUCGAACGAGAACGGUGCUCUAAAGAAGUUCAAGAUAAAGACAAACCUCUGAAGAAGAGAAAACAAGAUUCGUACCCCCAGGAACCAGGGGCUGGGGGCACUGCAGGCGCUUCUGGAACACCUGGGGUGGGAGGGGGAUGUAAUGCUGUAAACAAACUGGUACCUCAAGAGGCUUGUGCUGCUAGCAAUGGAGCCAGCCGGCCUGCCCUGAUGGUCAGUAUUGACUUGCAGCAGGCAGGCAGGGUGGAAGGGCCACUAGACUCUUGUCCUGUUCCUGCGACAGAGGCCCAGCGACUGCCAGAGGAUGGCUCGGAGUCCACCGGAGUAUUACGGCUCAAAUCAAAAACGGAUGGAGAGGUGCAGCGAACGGUUGAUGGACGAUCCGAGGUCAUCAAGCAGCAGGUGAAAACGCCACAGAAAAAUGCUUCAGAUGUGCGGCUGGAGACUCCGAAACACAAGCGCGACAACCGUCGGGAGAUCUCCAGCAAAGCCAGUUCGGAAAAGAGAUCGGAUGUUUCCAAGCACAGACAUGACUGUAAACCUGACAAAGUAAGAACUGAGGGAAAAGGUCAUGAAAUGUCACAAAAACAAGAAGGAUGUUCAGAGUCAACUCAAGACAGCAAAGAAGAGCGGCAUAGAGAUCGGGACAAAGAAAGCUCCAAAAUCUGCCAGCAGGAUACAUCCAAAUCAUCCAAUCAAGUGGAACACAUUCAAGAUAAGCAACCGGAGAAGAAUCGUCAACACAGUCAAGAUAAGCAACGGGAGAGGAAUCGUGACAAGGAACGGGAGAAGAAUCGGGACAAGGAGCGGGAGAAGGAUAAUGACAAGGAGCGGGAGAAGGAUAAUAACAAGGAACGGGAGAAGGAUAAAGACAAGGAACGGGAGAAGGAUAAAGACAAGGAACGGGAGAAGGAUAAAGACAAGGAACGGCGGGAGAAGGAUAAAGACAAGGAACGGGAGAAGGAUAAAGACAAGGAACGGGAGAAGGAUAAAGACAAGGAACGGGAGAAGGAUAAAGACAAGGAACGGGAGAAGGAUAAAGACAAGGAACAGGAGAAGGAUAAAGACAAGGCGCGGGAGAAGGAUAAAGACAAGGCGAGAGAGAAAGAUAAAGACAAGGAAAGGGAUAGUAAUCGGGAAAAAGAACGGCAGAGAAAUCAGGACCAAAUACGGGAGAGGAAUCCGGACAAGGAGCGAGAGAGGAAUCCGGACAAGGAGCGAGAGAGAAAUCCGGACAAGGAGCGGGAAGGGAAUCCGGACAAGGAGCGGGAGGGGAAUCCGGACAAGGGGAAUCCGGACAAGGAGCGGGAGGGGAAUCCGGACAAGGAGCGGGAGGGGAAUCCGGACAAGGAGCGGGAGGGGAAUCCGGACAAGGAGCGGGAGAGGAAUCCGGGCAAGGAGCGGGAGAGAAAUCCGGGCAAGGAGCGGAAAAGGAAUCCGGGCAAGGAGCGGGAAAGGAAUCCGGGCAAGGAGCGGGAGAGGAAUCCGGGCAAGGAGCGGGAGAGGAAUCCGGACAAGGGGCGGGAAAGGAAUCCGGGCAAGGAGCGGGAAAGGAAUCCGGACAAGGAGCGGGAAAGGAAUCCGGACAAGGAGAGGAAUCGGGCCAGGGAAAGAGACAGGGAGCGAGAUAAAGAAAGAAAGCGCCAUACAGAAUCUACAGAGCUCCAGGACAAGCCAUCUCCUGAGCAGCAAUUGAGGCCUGACAGUCCUCGAGUGAAACAUGAACCUCGUGGAGGAGUAGAAUCCAAAGUGAAACCUGAGAAACAAGUUGUCAAAACUCCCAACAACAAAGAUGAGAAACGGAGUGGAGACAUCAAGAACCAGAUUGAUGGACACAAACCACCAUCCUCAGACACCAAGAUAGCAGAAUUUCCCACUUAUCUGCUGGGAGGUAAAUCAGGUGCAUUAAAGAACUUUGUAAUUCCUAAGUUGAAACGAGACAAAGAUGGGAAUGUCAUGACGGAAUUGCAGCGUCCUGUACAAUUUUUUCCUGAGCCACGUGUAAAACUGGAGAAACUGAACCUGAUGGAGGAAAUAAAUAAGGGCGCUAAACCUGUUGUGGUUCUAAAGAAACUUUCCAUUGAGGAGGUCCAGAGGAUUAUCAGAAAUUCACGUAGCUCAAAAUCAAGCAAGGGCAAAUCAUUCUCAGAGUGGGACCCUAGUCUGCCACUGUGUGAAAGGGUGAAGGUGAAUAAACGCAGACGCAGCUCCACAAAUGACAAGCCCAAGUAUGCAGAUGCCUGCUCAAGUGAAGACAGUGACUCUGACGAUGUGGCCCCAAAGCGUUCGAAAAAAGACAGAGAUAGAACGUGGGAUUGUGAAGAAAGGGACCGGAGAGAUCACAGACGGAGCGGUGGACACCACGACAGUCGCAGAGGUUCAAGCAGUCGAUAUAGAGAACGAAGUUCAUCGGGCUCAGAUGAGGAUUCACCCCCUCCCAGCCUAAAUGACUUUGCCAGAAGGAAAAAAGAAAAACUGAAAAAAAGAAGAGCGUACGAGCCCAAGCUGACUCAGGAUGAAUUGAUGGACUCAUCCACAUUCAAAAGAUUUUCCACCAGUAUUGACAAUAUUCUUGAAAACUUGGAAGAUGUGGACUUGACAUCAUUAGAUGAUGAUGAGAUCCCUCAGGAGCUACUGCUUGGAAAACACCAGCUCUCUGAAUUAAGCAGCGAAUCUGCUAAAAUAAAGGCCAUGGGCAUCAUGCAUAAGAUUCCGUCUGAUAAGUUAGUGAAGGUCCAAAGUAUUUUGGAGAAAAACAUCCAGGAUGGUGCAAAGCUCUCCACUCUCCUGAAUCAUAGCAACGACAAGGAUGACGAGGAGCGUUUGUGGCGCGACCUCAUCAUGGAACGUGUCACCAAAUCUGCUGACUCUUGUCUGAUGGCUCUUAACAUCAUGACCUCACCACGUAUGCCGAAGGCCGUGUACAUCGAGGAUGUUAUCGAGAGGAUAUUACAGUACACGAAGUUCCACCUGCAGAACACGCUCUAUCCGCAGUAUGACCCCGUCUACAGGGUGAACCCUCAUGGUGGUGGAACGCUAAGCUCGAAAGCCAAGCGAGCAAAAAGCUCAACGCAUAAGCAGAGAGUAACAGUCAUGUUGUACAAUAAAGUAUGUGAUGUCAUCAGUAACAUUUCUGAACUGCUGGAAAUUCAGUUGAUGACGGACACGACCAUCCUUCAGGUCUCAUCGCUGGGCAUCACACCUUUCUUUGUAGAGAACGUGAGCGAGCUGCAGCUUUGUGCCAUUACGCUGGUGACGGCUGUGUUUUCGAGAUAUGAGAAACACAGGCAGCUGAUCCUUGAAGAGAUCUUUACCUCUCUCGCCCGACUGCCUACUAGCAAGAGAAACCUUAGAAACUUCAGACUGAACAGCAGUGAUAUGGAUGGGGAGCCCAUGUAUAUUCAGAUGGUGACAGCCCUGGUUUUGCAGCUCAUACAGUGUGUGGUCUAUCUUCCUAAUGAGAAAGAUUCAGAUGAUGAUAGAGACAGGAAGGUUGAUCAGGAUGUAGUGAUCACAAAUUCCUAUGAGACCGCAAUGAGAACCGCACAAAACUUCCUCUCAGUUUUCCUCAAAAAAUGCGGCAGUAAGCAGGGUGAGGAUGACUACAGGCCGCUGUUCGAAAACUUUGUUCAGGAUCUUCUGUCUACUGUAAAUAAACCCGAUUGGCCCGCUGCAGAGCUGCUACUGAGCCUUCUGGGAAGGCUCUUGGUUCACCAGUUCAGUAAUAAACAAACAGAGAUGGCUUUGAGAGUGGCUUCUUUGGAUUAUCUGGGCACCGUGGCCGCGCGUCUUCGUAAAGAUUCCGUGACCAGCAAAAUGGAUCAGCGCUCCAUCAACCGCAUUUUAGAAGAGAAUUCUGGUAGUGAUGAAGUUCAGCAGCUACAAAAGGCUCUGUUGAGUUACCUGAAUGAGAACAUGGAGACUGAUCCAGCUCUUGUGUUUGCACGCAAGUUUUACAUCGCACAGUGGUUCAGGGACACCAGCAUGGAAACAGAGAAAGCCAUGAAAUCGCAACGAGACGACGACUCGCCCGAUGGUCUGCACCAUGCCAAGGACAUCGAGAGCGCUGGUGAGAUCUUACAGAAAGCCGAGGCACGCAAGAAGUUCCUCCGGUCUGUUGUCAAGACCACACCAUCAAAGUUCAGCACACUAAGAGGAAACUCAGAUACUGUGGACUAUGAGGACUCGUGUCUAAUCGUGCGAUAUCUGGCCUCCAUGAGGCCCUUUGCACAGAGCUUUGAUAUUUAUCUCACACAGAUAUUGAGAGUCCUCGGUGAAAGUGCUAUCGCAGUGAGAACGAAAGCAAUGAAAUGUCUUUCUGAAGUCGUAGCGGUGGAUCCUAGCAUUCUAGCACGGUUGGACAUGCAACGGGGAGUUCACGGUCGGUUGAUGGAUAACUCCACCAGUGUGAGAGAAGCUGCUGUAGAGCUGUUGGGUCGGUUUGUACUUAGUCGACCGCAGCUAACCGAACAGUAUUAUGACAUGCUGAUCGAGCGAAUACUGGACACGGGCAUCAGCGUGAGGAAGAGGGUUAUUAAAAUCCUUCGAGACAUCUGUCUGGAGCAGCCCACCUUUAACAAAGUCACUGAAAUGUGUGUCAAGAUGAUCCGAAGGGUUAAUGAUGAGGAGGGCAUCAAGAAAUUGGUGAACGAGACGUUUCAGAAGCUGUGGUUCACCCCCACACCGAAUCAUGAUAAAGAGGCGAUGACUCGCAAGAUUCUUAACAUCACAGAUGUGGUCUCUGCAUGCAGGGAUACCGGGUACGACUGGUUCGAGCAGCUGUUGCAGAACCUGUUGAAGUCGGAAGAGAGCGCUUCUUACAAACCAGCCAAGAAGGCUUGCGGUCAGCUGGUGGACGGUCUGGUGGAGCAUAUUCUCAAAUACGAGGAAUCUCUCGCAGAUGGUGACAAUAAGGGGUUGACGUCGAACCGCCUGGUGGCAUGUAUCACCACACUGUACCUGUUUAGUAAAAUCCGACCACAGCUGAUGGUGAAGCAUGCCAUGACUAUGCAGCCCUACCUGACCACCAAGUGUAAUACUCAGAGUGAUUUCAUGGUGAUCUGCAAUGUGGCUAAAAUCCUGGAGCUUGUGGUUCCUCUGAUGGAUCAUCCGAGUGAAAACUUUCUCACUACCAUCGAAGAAGAUCUGAUGAAACUGAUCAUCAAAUACGGCAUGACGGUUGUGCAGCACUGUGUAAGUUGUCUCGGUGCGGUUGUCAACAAGGUCACCCAUAACUUCAAGUUCGUCUGGGCUUGUUUUAAUCGGUAUUAUGGAGCGCUGAACAAACUGAAGUUACAGCACCAGGAAGAUCCAAGCAGCGGCGUUCUGGUAUCUAAUAAACCUCCGCUGCUGCGGUCACUGUUUACUGUGGGGGCGCUGUGUAGACAUUUUGACUUUGACCAAGAGGAGUUUAAAGGCAGUAGUAAGGUGGUCAUAAAAGACAAAGUGAUGGAGCUGCUAUUGUAUUUCACUAAGAACGAGGACGAGGAGGUGCAGACCAAGGCUAUCAUAGGUUUAGGAUUCCUGUGCAUCCAGCACCCGGGGCUGAUGUUUUCUCCAGACAUUAAAACUCUUUACAACAGUCUCCUGGCUGACAGGAAGACAUCGGUGAACCUGAAGAUCCAAGUGCUAAAGAACCUCCAGAUGUACCUGCAGGAGGAGGACUCGCGCAUGCAGGAGGCCGAUAGGGAGUGGAAAAAGACGGCCAAGCAAGAAGACCUGAAGGAGAUGGGUGACAUCUCAUCUGGCAUGAGCAGUUCAAUCAUGCAGCUCUACCUCAAGCAGGUGCUGGAGAGUUUCUUCCACACGCAGUCCAGCGUAAGACACUUCGCCCUAAACGUCAUCGCCCUGACCCUCAACCAGGGUCUCAUUCACCCCGUGCAGUGCGUUCCAUACCUUAUCGCCAUGGGAACGGACUCGGAACCCACAAUGAGGAAUAAAGCCGAUCAGCAGCUUGUGGAGAUCGACAAGAAAUACAGCGGAUUUAUUCACAUGAAGGCCGUGGCGGGAUUGAAAAUGUCCUAUCAGGUACAACAGGCCAUCGUGGGUUCCCAAAACGUGGUGGUCAGAGGUUUCCGUCAGGAUGAGACAAGCGGCGCCCUGUGUUCCCAUCUUUACACCAUGGUGCGAGGCAACAGACAACACCGCAGGGCUUUCCUCAUCUCGCUGCUCAACCUGUUCGAUGACAGUUCGAAGUCGGACGUGAACAUGCUGUUGUUUGUCGCGGACAACCUGGCCUGCUUCCCUUAUCAAAGUCAGGAGGAGCCGCUGUUUAUCAUGCAUCACGUAGACAUCACGCUGUCGGUGUCUGGUAGCAACCUGAUGCAGUCAUUUAAAGAGUCGUUGCUGAAAGAACCAAAACCACAAGAAAAGAAGAAAAAGAGCAAGAAGAAGAAGAAGAAGAAGAGAGGGAAAAAAUGUGGCUCUGAAGAAGAUGAAGACGAGGACGAGAGCAGCAGGGGAAGCAGCAGCGAUAGCAGCAGCAGCGAUGAAGAUGAUGUCAUCCGCCGGCCCAAAAAACCCAGGCGAGCUGUGGGCUCGGACUCGGAUUCAGACCUCGACACAGAGGAUGCUGACAAAGUGAUGGAGCGUCUCCCUGACAACCCGGAUCCCCUGCUGGAUUUCGCGAACGCAUCUCAGGGUAUCCUGCUUCUGCUCAUGCUCAAGCAGCACCUUAAGAACCUCUACGGCUUCUCUGAUAGUAAAAUUCAGAAGUACUCGCCUACAGAAUCUGCAAAGAUUUACGAUAAGGCUGUAAACAGGAAGGCCAAAGUGCAUUUCAACCCACAGCAGACGCUGGACUACCUGACCAACAGCUUGUCCAAUGCAGAUCUUACGUAUGAUGUCAAGAGGAGAAUCGUCAGACAGUAUUUAGAUUUUAAGGUACUGAUGGAGCACCUUGAUCCAGAAGAAGAAGAAGAAGAGGGUGAAGCUUCAGCCAGCACCAACGCAAGAAAUAAAGCCAUCACUGCUCUGCUAGGAGCCACCAGCCCCAAGAAUCACACUGCCGAUUCGUAUGACGACGACAGUGAUGCUGACGAAAAGACCCCAGGGUCAUCACGACGAUCCAAGAAGGGUGGAGAUUCCGAAGCGUCGGGUCACCUGAACAAAACUGUAGAAGCCAAGGACGUAAUCGCUAUCUUCUGUCCCAAACACAAGGAUCGGCCGCAGAUAGCGCGCGUCAUUCAGAAGACGAGCGCGGGUUAUAGCGUUCGCUGGAUGGCCGGCUCCUACUCCGGCACCUGGGCGGAAGCCAAAAAACGCGUGGGACGAAAAUCGGUGCCUUGGGUGGACACUAUAAAGGAGUCGGACAUUAUUUACAAGAAAAUCGUCUUGACGAGCUCACACAAACUGACCAACAAAGUGGCGCAGACUUUACGUUCACUGUACGCAGCCAAGGAAGGAUCUUCCAGCUAAUUAAUCUGUGAUAACUCUGGAACUGUUACACACGACAGACUCUCGGCAGCCAAACUUUAUCAGGAUUUAGCAUUUUGUAAACUACAUGUAAAAGAAAAGAGUAUCGCAGACGCACCCAUUUUAAGACCCAAUGUGGAACUGGCCAAAUUGGGACGAUUUUAGCUCUGAACUGUAGAUGUGAAAGAUCUUUUAAGUUAAACGGAACAGAACGAAUCAUUUGGGAGCUUCGUCGCUGUUGUGCAGCAACUCGGUUGUUUGAAUUUUUUCCCCCCACUGUAUUAUAGUUUAACAAAAAAACAGAAACGAAAAAUGUUUAUAUCUCUGACAAAAAAAAACUGUUUAAAGAAAUAAACUUACAGUGAAUGUUGGAAAUUAGUCUGUUGAUGUUCUUAAUAAAGUGACCUUGGAGUUUAA